AUGGAUCAAGCCAUUAAAACUCCGUCUGUUCCUAAGCCCGUCGCUAUCAAUUUCAUUGGAUUCCUCAAACUACCCAUUGAAAUACGCAAUCAAAUCUGGGAACUCGUUGCCAAUCAACCACGCAAUCUUGACAUUUGGUACCGACGUCUCGGAUAUUUUGAAGAGGAACGUGGACAGUUCGCCUGUCAGGUGACGCGCUGGGUAACUCUUAGUGCCAUACCUUCAAUUCUGCAUGUAUCUCGAGAAUCUCGUACCAUCGGCCUCAAAUUCUAUAAAUUGGAUUUCGGAGUCAAAAUGCCAACAUAUUAUGGAAUGAACAUUACAAGUGAGCCGAGAAUAUAUGUCAAUUGGGAUAGAGACAGAAUUGUUGCUUUGCAGACAAAUCAACAUGGAUAUGGUGCCUUCAGCAACAUGAUUAAUGCAGAAGAACGUCCAUGUGGCACAAAGUUGCAUAAAGUUGCCCUUCGUGCUGAUCACUAUGACCCCGGAUUAUCAAAAUCUCUAGGGCGUCGUUUCGAUGAAAUAUUGAUUUUUUACGAUCCUUUUGUGUUCUACGAUAGACUCAAAUCGAGGAAUAUAACGACUGAAUUUGAGCCAAUUACUGGGGUUGAUUUAAUUUGUAAUAAAGAGAAACAGGCGUUGGAUGCACAUAUUGCAGAUAUUGAGGAGGACGAAAGACGGUAUGAUGAUGAAGUUACACGAGCUUUGGUAGAAGACAAACCGGUACCUGAGAGAUUCAAAAAUCACAUUGUUGGAUCUUGGAAAAGGCCGACAGUGAAACUGGGGCGGAUGGUAACAUAUGGAAGGAUGAGUGAUCCUAGUAGCGAGAACGAAAUAUGGACUCAUGCCGGCUGGGCUCCAUUGAGUUCAGUUGACACGUGCACGAAAUAA